GACAGCCCCCUCAAGCCUUUCUUCAAGAUGACCAAGCGCACCCGUAAAGUUGGCGUGACCGGAAAGUACGGCACCCGUUAUGGUGCUUCCCUCCGUAAGCAAGUGAAAAAGAUGGAAAUCACCCAGCACGCCCGAUACACCUGCACUUUCUGUGGAAAGGACUCUGUGAAACGCCAAGCUGUUGGCAUCUGGGGUUGCAAGUCGUGCAAAAAGGUUGUCGCUGGUGGCGCUUGGACCGUCUCAACGACCGCUGCUGCUACCGUCCGCAGCACUGUCCGCCGGUUGCGCGAGUUGACCGAGGCAUAGGGUGUCUUCGCUUCGCUUUCUUCAUGCUAUCUAUUUUCUCACCAUUGCACGCAUGUAUUCUCAAUGACUAUGACCCUCGCCCGCAAUAUGAGUAUCGACGAAAACCGAUCUAUGGGGCUGUGAUUUGGACGGAACAUAUUCGAACGCGUGAAGUGGUACCUAUUGUUAAUCUCAA